AUGAUUGUAAAUAAAGCUACGACGACAACAACACCCACGCAAAUAUAUCCGAGGUUGCAAUUGUUACUGCGAGAUCCGCUCCGGCCACCGCGCGGAGCACCGCGCCGAAAAGAGUGCGCCCGUCGAGCUUUCACCGAAAGCUCGUCGAAGAGUUCGUAUUCUGCGCUCGCAACGAAAGGGUUAAUAUCGGCGGGAAAUCGUCGCGACGGCGACGUAGCCGGGUCCCGCGUCGAAGUGGGCCUCCCGAUUGGUCUGCCGAUCGUCUCUAAUCGCCGCUCCUUCUGGCUUCUCUGUGUUCCAGAAGCGAGGCCCGCGGGAGGAUUUCUGAACUGCCAGCGGAUCACCUAUCCGUGCAAGAACUGCGGCAAGGUGUACAAUUACUACUCGAGCCUGGCCAGGCACCUGAAGCACGAGUGCGGCGUCGAGCCGAAGUUCCAUUGCCCGUUGUGCCCGUACAGGACCAAGCACAAGUCCAGCCUGAACACCCACCUGAACGGCAGGCACAUGAAGCUGCUUAGCGAGUUCUACGCGAUGCCGAACGGGAACAAACUGUCCUCGUCUAUGGACGCGGGGAACUAGACUACUUACCCGCCGGGGACUGACGACGAUCUAACGAUUAAACGCCAUUUUUUCUUUUUCGUUUUAUAGAGGAGCUUUCGUAGAGUCGCCGCGGGAUAGGCCUGCGGAAUAGCGGAACGCAAAGAACGAUCGAUACGCGACGUCUGAUCGAUACGAUGAUACAGGGUGUCCCGAAAGUGACCCGCGAGCCGGAAGCGGCGGGUUCCUCGGACGAUUUCGAGCAACUUUUUUCUUUAUAGAAACUCUAUACGAGCCACCGUUCGCGAGUUAUCGACGGAAAACGC